AUGGAGCGCGCGCCGCCCGACGGGUCGCUCAACGAGUCGGGGGCGCUGGCGGGUGAGGCGGCGGCGGCGGCGGCGGCGGGCGGGGCUCGCAGCUUCUCCGCCGCCUGGACCGCGGUUCUGGCCGCGCUCAUGGCGCUGCUCAUUGUAGCCACGGUGCUGGGCAACGCGCUGGUCAUGCUUGCCUUCGUGGCCGACUCGAGCCUCCGCACCCAGAACAACUUCUUCCUGCUCAACCUGGCCAUCUCCGACUUUCUCGUGGGUGCCUUCUGCAUCCCCCUGUAUGUGCCCUAUGUGCUGACCGGCCGCUGGACCUUUGGCCGGGGCCUCUGCAAGCUGUGGCUGGUGGUGGACUACCUGCUGUGUACCUCGUCUGUCUUCAACAUUGUGCUCAUCAGCUAUGACCGCUUCCUCUCAGUCACCAGAGCGGUGUCAUAUCGGGCCCAGCAGGGUGACACACGGCGGGCGGUGCAGAAGAUGGCGCUGGUGUGGGUGCUGGCCUUCCUGCUGUAUGGGCCGGCCAUCCUGAGCUGGGAGUACCUGUCCGGCGGCAGCUCCAUCCCCGAGGGCCACUGCUACGCCGAGUUCUUCUACAACUGGUACUUCCUCAUCACGGCCUCCACGCUGGAGUUCUUCACACCCUUCCUCAGUGUCACCUUCUUCAACCUCAGUAUCUACCUGAACAUCCAGAGGCGCACGCGUGUCCGGCUGGAUGGGGUCCGAGAGGCGUCCGGCCCGGAGCCCCCACCCGAGGCCCAGCCCUCCCCGCCCCCACCCCGGCCCAGCUGUUGGGGCUGCUGGCACAAGGGGCCCGGGGAGGCCCUGCCCCUGCACCGGUAUGGGGUCAGUGAGGCGGCCCCUGGCCCCGAUGUGGGGGAGGAGGCCCUUGGGGGUGGCAGUGGGGGAGGAGGCGCCACAGCCUCCCCCACCUCCAGCUCAGGCAGCUCCUCAAGGGGUGCAGAGCGACCUCGCUCGUUCAAGCGUGGCCCCAAGCCCUCGGCGUCCUCCGCGUCGCUGGAAAAGCGCAUGAAGAUGGUGUCCCAGAGCAUCACCCAGCGUUUCCGCCUGUCAAGGGACAAGAAGGUGGCCAAGUCCCUGGCUGUCAUCGUGAGCAUCUUUGGACUCUGCUGGGCCCCAUACACGCUCCUGAUGAUCAUCCGCGCUGCCUGUCAUGGCCACUGUGUCCCUGACUACUGGUAUGAGACGUCCUUCUGGCUGCUGUGGGCCAACUCAGCUGUCAACCCCGUGCUCUAUCCGCUCUGCCAUUACAGCUUCCGCCGCGCCUUCACCAAGCUGCUCUGCCCCCACAAGCUCAAGAUCCAGCCCCAUGGCUCCCUUGAGCACUGCUGGAAGUGAGGAGUCCUCCAGACCCAUGCUGCCCCCACAUGGCCCUCCGAGGAGCCGUAUCAUGUCUGGGGCCACCCUAAAGGCCAGGCAGCCUCCCUCAGGCCAUCUGCACUGCAGCGGUGGGCAUGGGGGACCCGUGCUGGCUGAACGGGAACAUGGUAGGCUGGGGCUGCUACCCCAGUCCUGGCUCCAGCCCCAGAGGGACAGUCCAGGGCUCCCAGCCACGCUGUCCCACCCCAGUGGGCAGGGCGCUGGUGUCCUUUUUUGCACAAAUACUGGUUGGUGUUCUCUUGCCAAAGCAAGUGCUUAGUGUGUGCUCCAGGCCUCCUGACCCAGCAGUUUGCUCCUGCACACGCACACACCUGCACAGACCUGCACACCUGCCUGCUCCCAAACUAGCCAGACCCCACCUUUGCUACUGUCUCACCCCUGCUUAAGCCUAAGUCCUGGCCCCUUUAUCACUCCCCGCUCCAACUCUCUUGCUCCCCAAAAAGUGCCCAGUGACCCUCCAGGAACCUCACAGCUGUUCUCUGCAUUUCCAUUCUGGGUGUUUUCAGGAAGAUGAAGAAGAAAACACGUCUGUGAACUUGAUGUUCCUUGGAUGUUUAAUCAAGGGAGACAAAAUUGCCAAGGCAUUUGGGCUGGAUUGGCAGGUGUGGGCUCCCACGCCCUCCUCCCUUUGUACUGCUGUUUCCGGCUCAGCCACCAGCUGCUUGCCCGUCACCCUGUGCUCCCCGGUGUGGCACCGUGCCAAGAGCUCAGAUGGACCCUCUGUCUGCUGACCCGGCCCCUCCGCUCCAGCCGCUUAGCUGGGACUGCUGGGGCCUUAGAAGGCAGAGGGGCCAGCAUGCCCUGAGGGCUCUGACGGAGGCCAAGGGAGCCUGGGUGGUCUGGCAGAGAGGGCUGCCUGCCCCGCCUGGCCCCACGCCUGCCACCUGCAUGCCACCUGAUGCACCUGUUGCCCUGCCCACCGUGAGGCCACAAUAAAGUGGAUUAUUUUCAUCCUGUGGCUUUCUGUGGCUCCCUGAGGACUCCGAGGGAUGGCAGAGUGAGGAGACAAGAGCUCAGCCAGUGACGGUGGAGGGCUGUGAGCCUCCCCCCACCCCACAAGGUCUCCUCUGAGUGGACUGCAGUGGGGACAGGCCGCUCACCCCAGGCCUUCACACUAACAAAGGCCUGUACCCCAGUCAGGCCCCACCCCUGGCCUCCCACUCUCCCAGGAGCCCACAGGGAGGGUCAGCCCUGUACACCUGUUAGGAAGGACAUCACUAGCCAAGCACAUGGGGUCCCCACGGGAGGGGCUUCUCUUAUCCAUCAGGCACCUGCCUACCCCCAGGACAGGUCCUCCCUCUUGGCCAUGACUACUCCCGGCCACAGCCUUCAGCCAGGGCAGCGUGGCUCUGCCCCAGCGCUGUCAGGCUCUGUCCUGGGGAAAGGCCUGGAGGUGGGGCCAAAGGUGACAGCCAGAGACAGUGAGAAGAGGACCUGACAGAUGGAACACAGUGCUUGCCUGCUGAGCAAAGUGUCCUAAAGGCGGCCCUGCGGCAAGUCUCUGUGGGCUCUACACAGGAGGCAGACACUGGCCUUCACACCCUGGAGCACAAAGUCCACUUGGAAAAUGGCAUGUCAGGUCCAACUCAGGAGAGGUGCAAACUCAGGGCGUCAGCUGUCAUCCUCACUAGUCAGAGGGGGCCUUCUCCCCCUGACCACAUGGAUGCAGCCUCCCUCUCGCACUCCUGCGGUCAGCUUGCUCUGCCCCAGCUCUGACCGUGGCUCCCUGGCCCUUGGCAGACACGCAGACGCAGCCUCCCUCUCGCACACCCGUGGUCAGCUUGCUCUGCCCCAGCUCUGGCCGUGGUUCCCUGGCCCUUGGCAGAAAUGUGCAUCCUCUCCGUGUAACCCUGCUACCGCUGGGUGCCAGGGGGUCCAGGCUUUAGCACCACAGUGCCGCUCAGCACCCAGACAUGGCUUCAUAAUGGCUCAGAUCAGCCAACACUGCAGGGGGGACAAGCCGUCACAGCAACAUUAAAAAAAUGAAACAAAAAAUGUAAACCUGUUUACUCUGGACGUUUUCUCAGCCCCACAGCUGUGUCUGCACUUCUGUUAUCCAAACUCCUGGAGAAGUCCCUCCAGAGCCCUAAGUCCGCACCCCUCCGCCCCAGCUCUCUCUAAAAAACAUCCUGAUUUUAUCUCCUGAAAGUUCGAGGCACCCCUGUAGUCAAGGCAGGACCCUCUUCUUGGGCAAGAAACUGCCAGGCAGAGCCAGCACCCUCCCUGGUGACCAGGGAGGCAAGCCUGGGGCACUUGGACCUUGGUGAUUCUUGUCCCUGUCUGUGUGCACUCCCCCCACCCAAGGGGGCUGUGCUGUUAUGAGCAGAGGUGGGAGCAGGGCAGGCACUAUGGAAGCAAGGACACCAGAUGCCACCUUCUACAGAGCUCAGAGAGCAGGGACCCCACCUGGCAGCUGCCUGUGGGAUGCCCCAACACUGUAAAGAGGCUGUGUUGCUGCUGCCAGCAGACUAGCUGUCCACUGCCCCUCCUGGUCCUGUUCAACCUGGCCUGACCCCUGCAGGCUCCAGCUCCUUGGCCUGGCUGUCUGGAAAAGGACAAAGAGCCUGUUCUUGGCAGCAGUGGGCGCGUCUAUGCCGCACGCUCAGCCAGAGCCAACAGCCUCUCCACCCAGUCCUGCUAAAUGGCCGCAAAUUGGAGGAUAAAAGCACAGGCUUUCAAGCAAUUUUGCAUUCAAUGUCUGGAAACUGCUGCUCCCGAGCUCCUGUGUGGGGCCAGAGGAGGAGAGAAGAAAGGCCAAGUCCAUCGCCGGCUUCUCCAGCAAACAAACACACCUAGGGGCCGCCACUGACCAACAUCUGCUGGAGGCUAGCCCCGACCUAUGUGGGCACAGACAUACGUGGUCCCUGGGCUCCAGGGGGCAUAUAAACAACAAAUAAUCAAUAACCAGGGCCUUCCCUCAGGGGCUAAGAGCUGUAGGGGAGACUGGGCAGGGCCGGAGGAGCAGCGGCCGGCUUGUGAGCCAAGUGACUGGGACCACUCGGUGGAGGUGGCAUCCACUCAUUCACUUAUCAGCAGACAUGGGCUGGGCCCCUGCUGAGCACCAGGUAGGGGUUCAAGAGGCAGAGGGGCCAGUCAGGGGAGCUGAUGGGAGAGCGAGGAGUGAAAGUGUACAGGCCCAAGGCAGGAGGAGCAUCACAUGGCAGUCUUGCUGCUGACGGAAUGGGUGCUGGGGAGGGAGCCUCAGGAUCCAGGAGGGUGCAGUCUGGGAGGUCUGCCUGGAAGCAGUGGUCCCCGAUGACCUAACAGUAGGGGGCCUCGGCAGCCAUAGAGGGACAUAUGCAGAGACUAGAGGGGCGUGGUAUCUGAGGAACGGGGCAGUUCUGGGACUCAGGACCCACCUGAGUGCACAGGGAUGGGCUGCCCACAGCCCUGGAGCCACUCACCAAUAGAAGGCCAGAGCCAGCAGACCUCCCAGGGUCCUCCAGACAGGGCCCCUCAGGAUGGGCACUGCUGCAUGUGCUCCUGUGCUGGCUCUGGAUGCUGUCUUGGUCAACUAGUGCUGCUGUAACAGAAAUACCACAAAUGGAUGGCUUUAACAAAUUGAAAUUUAUACUCUCACAGUUUAGGAGGCUAGAAGUCCAAAUUCAGGGCACCGGCUCUAGGGGAAGGCUUUCUCUCUCUGUCUGCUCUGGAGGAAGUUCCUUGUCUCUGAGCUUCUGCUCCUGGGCGAUCUUCAUGUGGCUCAGAGUCUCUCCUCCCCCAUCUCUGCUUUCUUGCUUGCUGAUUUAAUCUCUUUUAUACCUCAAAACAAAUUGACUCAAAACACACCCUACACUAACCCUGCCUCAUUAAGGUAACAAUGACAACCCGUUUCCAAAUGGAAUUAUAGCACAGGCAUAGAGGUUAGGAUUUACAACACAUAUUUGGGGGGGACACAAUUCAUCUAUAACAUUCUGCACUUCGGGGCCCUAAAAGUCAUGUCUUUGCCACUGCAAAACACAUUCACCCCAUCACAUUAUCCCCAAAGUCUUACAUCAGCUCCAGGUCUAAAACCUCAUCUUCUGAAUCAUCUAAAUCAAAUAUGGGUGAGACUUUAGGUGUCUUCCAUCCUGGGGCAAAAUUCCUCUUCAUCUGUGAACCUACGAAGUCUAGACUACAAGUUGUCUGUUUCCAAAGCACCAUGGUCAGGUAGGCACAAGAUAGAUAUUUCCAUUACAAAUGGGAGAAGUUGGGGUGAAAGAAGGGAUAAUGGAAACCAAGCAAGUCCUACACCCAGCAGAGUGAUUUACAUUCACUCUCAAGGCUUGAAAAUAAUCCUCUGUUCUUUAGGACCAUCUGGGCAAUGGCCCCGCCCUCCAGGUUGAGUGCUGGCCAUCCUCUCUGGAUUCUAGGUGGAGGCUCCUUGGCCCUGGGCUUCAGCUCAGCCUUCCAGGUCCACUGGGAAGGAAACUCAGCUCCCUUGGCUUUGGGUGGGAGUCCAUCUACCCACUCAGCCUCGGCAAGCUCCAUUCUUCUGUCCCUUGGGCAUGGCAGCCCUGCCUCUCAGCUAUGGGCAGCGGCCCCAUCCUCUUGGCCAAACUGAAUGGCAGCUUCACGCUCCAGAAUGGAGUUGGUGAAGAUCUGAUUCUUUGAAACCUAGGAGGCUGUGGCUCUACCUAUUGAGACCCCAGAGGCUGUGGCCCCACCCUUUGAGACCCCAGAGGCUGUGGCCCCACCCUUUGAGACUGAGGCAGCUGUGCUCCCUUUGCUUUUUCCAACAGUUCUGCUGAUCUCUGAGCUGCUCCAGGGAUAGUUCUUUUUUUCCUUGGAAGAAACAGAUGCAGCUCCUUUGGCCUGUUUCCUGCCUGUAGAAUUCCAAAAGGCAGACAGCGUUUUUUCCUUUUGUUCUUUCUCUGUCCCUUUCAGUCUAAGCUGAUGGUUUUCCUGCUGUAAUAGUUGGUUAGAUCCAUCAGUCACAGGCGUAAUGUCUUUAACAAAAUAUUGUGUACCCACAUCCUUCAUGAAAAUUUUAGGACAUGUGUCCUUAGUUUGUACAACCAAAUUUUCCAAAUCUUUAAAGUUUUGUUUUCAGUUUUCACUGUCCAUUUUUAAGUCCAUCUCUUUCCUCUUGCAUUUAACUAUAAGCAGCAAGGAGAAAUCAUGCGACCCCUUUAAGACCUUGCUUAGAAAUCUCAUCAGCAGAUAUCCAAGUUCAUCCUUACAAGUUCUACCUUCCACCAAACAUUUGAACAUAAUUCAGACACGUUCUUUCUCUGCCGCUGCAUAAAAAUCAUUGACCUUCCACGCCCAAUCACGUGUUCAGCACUGUCUUUUAGAAGCACAUUUAACGUGCACAUUUAUAGUGACAUUCUGUUGUUGGUGCCAUAUGUAUUCUCUAUAGCUCUCCUCACUUGCUUCUGAGACCUCACCAGAAUUGCCUUUGACUCCUAUAAUUCUACCAACAGUCUCUUCUAGGCAAUCUAGGCUUUUACUGUAAGGCACUUUAAAACUCUUCCAUAGGCAUAACAAAGUUUAUUAAGAAAAAUGUUCUACAUCCCACUUUGGUGAGUGAUGUCUGGGGUCUUAAAAGUUUGCAAGUGGCCAUCUGAGAUGUAUCAAUUGGUCCCAACCCAUCUGGAGCAAAGGAGAAUGAAGAAGACCAAAGACACAAGGAAAAUAUGAUCCUGAGACAAAAAGGCCACAUAAACCAGAGACUUCAUCAGCCUGAGAGAGACCAGAAGAACUAGACGGUACCCAGCAACCACCAAUGACUGCCCUAACAGGGAACACAACAGAGAGUCCCUGACGGAGCGGGAGAAAAGUGUGGUGCAGAAUUCAAAUUCACGUAAAAAGACCAGACUUGAUCGUCUGACUGAGGCUAGAGGAAUCCCAGAAGACACGGCCCCUGGACUCUCUGUUAACCCAGAACUAAAACCAUUCCCAAAGCCAACUCUUCAGACAAAGGUUAGACUGGACUACAAAACAUGAAAUAAUACUUGUGAAGAGUGUGCUUCUUAAGUAGAUCCCAGACCCAGUGCCAUCGGUCGAGUCGAUUCCAACUCAUAGCAACCCUGUAGGACAGAGUAGAACUGCCCCCAUAGAGUUUCCAAGGAGAUACAUGAGCCUAAAUGGGCAGCUCCUGUUUGGAGGCGGGAUGAGAAGGCAAAAAGGGACAGGAGCUGGUUGAAUGGACACAGGAAACUCGGAGUGAGAAGGGGGAGUGUGCUGUCACAUUAUAGGGAUUGCAAUUAGGGACAUAUAACAUUAUGUGUAUAAGUUUUUGUACAACAAAUUAACUUGAGCUGUAAACUUUCACCUAAAGUAAAAUUAAAAAAAAAAAAAAAAAUCUUCCAGCCUCCACCCAUUACCCAAUUCCAAAACCACUUCCACACUGUAGGUAUUUGUUAGAGCAGCACCCCCACUUCUCAGUACCAAAUUCUUAAGUUAUCUAGUGUUGCUGUAACAGAAGUACCGCACAUGGGUGGCUUUAGGAAAGUGAAAUUUAUUUUCUCACAGUUUAGAGGCUAGAAGUCCAAAUUCAGGGUGCCUGCUCUAGGCGAAGGCUUUCUCUCUCUGUCAGCUCUGGAAGAAGGUCCUUGUCUCUUUGAGCUUCUGUUCCUGGGCAGUCUUCAACGUGGCUUGGCAUCUCUCUUCCCCACUCUGUGCCUUCUCACUUGCUUGUUUUAUCUCCUUUAGAUCUCAACAGAGAUUGACUCAGAAUGCACCCCACACCAAUUCUGCCUCAUUAACAUAACAAAGACACCUAUUCCUAAAUGGGAUUUCAGGUAUGCGUCACUUAACGUCCACAACAUGUUCUGUGAAAUGGGAUGUUAUAUGAUUUGGACAUUGCGUGAACACCAUAUCAUACAUAGGAGAGAGGUGCAUA